CUAGCUGCAGCAGUCUGCAGACAGACAGGCAGUCGGCGGUGCCGGACUGGGCUUUUUUGACGGUGGAAGUAUCCCAGCAGCCAGAGCAGGGGCGGCCGGUGGGAGGAGGCAGAGAGUCCGCAGCUGCCGCACCGCACAGCCUCUUUGAAACCCGCAAGAGGAAGGAACCGCCCGCAUCAACCCAUGUCAACGGAGCUGUCUGAAGGCCGGGACCUCGACGAGGUUGGAGAGCAGGCACCAGACGGACACACCAGACUGACAGACAUCUGCAGCAGCACAGCGGGCAGCAGGAUGGCGUCCAUAGCUGAAUACUAUGCUGGCAAGAGCGUGCUGAUAACAGGAGCCACGGGCUUCAUGGGGAAGGUGUUGGUGGAGAAGCUGCUGAGGUCCUGCCCCGAGGUCAAAGCCCUGUACCUCCUGGUCAGGCCCAAAGCCGGCCAGUCCAUGCAGCAGAGAGUCAGCGACAUGAUGACGUGCAAGCUUUUCGACCGAGUGCGGGAGGACAACCCCGACUUCCACCAGAAGAUCAUCCCCAUCAGCAGCGAGCUGAUGCAGCCCGGCCUGGCCAUCUGCCCGGAGGACGUGGAGAAGCUCGCCGGCUGCAUCAACAUCGUCUUCCACUGCGCUGCCACCAUCCGCUUCGACGAGCCGCUCAAGCACGCCCUGCAGCUGAACGUGAUCGCCACGCAGCAGCUCCUCAGCCUGGCCAAGCAGAUGCACCACCUCGAGGCCUUCAUUCACAUCUCCACCGCCUAUGCAAACUGCAACCGCAAGCACAUCGACGAGGUCAUCUACCCGCCACCCGUCGAGCCCAAGAAACUCAUCGAAUCGCUUGAGUGGAUGGACGAUGGCAUCGUGCGUGACAUCACGCCGCGGCUCAUCGGCGACAGGCCCAACACCUACACCUACACCAAAGCCUUGGCCGAGUACGUGGUGCAGCAGGAGCAGGACAAGCUCAACAUCGCCAUCAUCAGACCCUCCAUAGUGGGAGCCAGCUGGCAGGAGCCGUUCCCCGGCUGGAUCGACAACUUCAACGGGCCAAGUGGAGUCUUUAUAGCCGCUGGAAAGGGGAUCUUGCGCACCAUGAGGGCCAACAACGAUGCGGUGGCUGAUCUGAUCCCUGUGGACGUGGUCAUCAACCUCACCCUGGCUGCUGGCUGGUACACCGCCGUACACAAACCUAAAUCAGCUCUGGUGUACAACUGCACGACCGGCGGCAUCAACCCGUUCCACUGGGGCGAGAUUGAGCACCACGUGAUGUCAUCCUUCAAGAGGAACCCUCUGGAGCAGGCUUUCCGCAGGCCCAACGCCAACAUCACCUCCAACUACCUGAUCAACCAGUACUGGAUCCUGGUCAGCCACAAGUUCCCCGCCCUCAUCUACGACCUCUUCCUGCGACUCUCUGGACAAAAGCCGCAGAUGAUGCGCAUCUUCAACCGUCUGCACAAGGCCAUCAGCCUGCUGGAGUAUUUCAGCAGUCAGGACUGGGAGUGGAACUCUGAGAACCUGAGCAUGCUGAUGAGCCAGCUAACCCCGGAGGACAGAAAGACAUUUAACUUUGAUGUGCGCCAGUUGAACUGGCCUGAGUACAUUGAGAAUUACUGCAUCGGCACCAAGAAGUACGUCCUGAAUGAAGACAUGUCUGACAUUCCUGCUGCCAGGCAGCAUCUGAGGAAACUGAGGAACAUCCGCUACACCUUCAACACCCUGUUGGUCGUUUUCAUCUGGAGGGUGUUCAUCGCCCGCUCCCAGAUGGCCAGAAACAUCUGGUACUUUGUGGUCAGCCUCUGUUUCAAGUUCCUCUCUUACUUCCGCGCAUCCAGCACCUUAACCAACUGAGUCUUCCUCGUCGCCUCAAGAGACAGCAGCGCUCACCUUUAGCUGUCGGCAUCUGAGACUCUGACCAUCCACAAAGGACACUCUGAAUCCUCCUUUGAGUGUGGAUUAGCAGGGGCUCUCUACAGGUGGGGGCUGCAGUUGAGUGAAGCACUCAGAAGGGAAAGAAGAGGUCUCACUAGCCAUGAGUUAUUUGUUUAGUUUGGAAAUCAUCAGUUCCUGCACUGUUCAGUCACCCCGUCCAAAAAAAAAAACCAAGUGUUCAUUUUGUACCUGUUUUCUUCUCAAAGUGGCCAAUUAUAUAUGCAACAAUAAGCCUUUUGUGUGAUUUUCUUUUCCACAUUGUCGUUUCCAUCCUCUUAAGUCUCAGUACAUCGCCUUGCCUUGUGAUAAUUUGUUUUUUCAUACUUGAAAUAUGGCAGUUCUUCAGUGGAGGACGAUUUCUAUAAGAUUAUUUUGGUUCUCAGUUUUUUACUGUGGGGAUGUCCGCUUCCUCUCUUUAAUACGCAGGUGGUUUGGAUAUCUGUAUGUCUUGCAUUACCUGUAUCUACUGCCUUUUUAAGAUUACACCCAAGAAGUAAGUGGUGGUUCUGCCUCAAGGCCAAUCCACACAUCAUUGAGACUAGUAUUAGAGCUAAAUUCUGACCACACAAGAAAAUGUAUCACCACAUAUACCAAAACAUACAGAUCUGCCAUCGUCCCUGCGGUUAUCACUUAUUUACUAUCACAAUUGAUAAUGUCAGUAUGUCUUUGAACAUAAACCUUGUUUAUUUGAAUGCUCAUCCACUUUUUGCCUGUUUGUACAGCAGUUUGUACUGAAACUAAGUUUACUACUUUUACAUCUUUAUACUCGCGUCAGAGGCUAGUCUGAUAUAUGUGGUAGACCUUGGGAGUGUAUUAUAUAUAAAUAAGAGUACAUCAGAGUCAAGUUUAUUUGUAUAGCCCAGUAUCACAUACUGUACAUUGUCUCCCAACAGUUCCCAACCGUCCCCAAGUUUUCUAACAAGGCAAACUCACCCAAAACCUUGUCCUGAAGGUAUUUCUAGAAACCUCGAAGACUUCCCUAACCGUUAGGAUGAAAGGUCUUUUAGUUCUUGAGGCAGGCCUCUGGAUACUGAAGAGGUCAUAAGGGUUGUUAGACAUGGCUAAGAAAGGUCAUAUAUUUAUAUGUAAGAGGUCAUAAAAAAGGGCCCUAGUGUGAAUAAGAAGCCAAAGCAGGGAAGCUGCAGUUGGUCAAAUCUAUGGUAAUUUAUGUUAAAUUGUGUUGAAAGUUUUCCCAGUUAAACCUGUAAGAGUAUUUCAGCUUCAUUUCCAUGUAAGGAACACAGUAUCUUUUUCAGAGAGCAUUAAACAGCUAGUAAACAGGACAGAGCAUGGAGCAAUCAUUACAACUGGUUGCAAUAUAGAGCUGUCAUCUGCAUAGAGCGGAAAUUCAUGCUGCGCCUGCAAGUGAUUCUACCGAAUAGAAGUGAAAAGUAGUGGACCAAGUACGGAGUCCUGAGGGUUGCCAUACUUUUCCUGAUGGACUACUAUUUUUAAGCAAGUCAAACUGUGACCUUUAUGUUAGUCUGGACCUAAAUCACAAAAGUGCGAGGUUAUAAACAAGGGACUCAAAGCCCUCCUGGUAUUUCCCAGUUUGGAAGAUCUGUAAAUAGUUGAACUACACAUUAUUCUUAUAGACUACCAAAAAAUUGUAUUUGACUGUUGAUUUUUGCUUGGUGAGUGUCCUCGUGGGAUUCCACCUCAGAGCUUCCCACAGAGUCUACCAAAAGUGUUAAGUGUGACAGGCAGGUCUGAUUUUUACUAAACAAACCAGAAAACUGCGUACAGUGUUGUAUGUAUUGCAAGGCUUGACUCUUGACAGAAUACAAAUACAUGACAGAUAUGAGCCUUUAUGGAAGAAAAGGGACAAAACUAAAUAAAUGUUUAUGCAAAGCCCAUGUCUGUGGUGUAGUCAUGGUAACUGUUUUCUUAUUUUCAGAGUGAACCAAAAUGUCUGCGGUCGUACGAAGCCUGUUUGAUGAAGUGGUUUCGUCAGAAUCGUUCUUUCAGAGCUACGGGGCUUUUGUAAUGGUGUCGUUAUGGAGUUUGGCUCUUCUGUGUGUGUGUUUGACUGGAUUUGCAAACCAAAUGCAGAGCGCUGCUGGUGCAGGAAAGCCCAGGUUGGAGCUCCUGUUCCUGUAUGUAACAAACAACAGCAAUGCGUGACCAAUUAAUUUCAUCUUAUACUUUUUGGUGUCAUUUGCAAAAUGUUUGACCACCUUCAUUCCCUACUCUGACAACACUUCGUUAAAGUCUGCUUGGCAUAACUGAAAUAAACUAGAAGAGAAAACGU